AUGGCUAGAAGGAAGGAUCUUUCUUCCUUUGAGAGGGCUGCCAUCAUCGAGUUUCUGCUUGAAGGAAGCAAAAAUGGAAAGCCAUCUCGAGGGAAGAUCACUGCUGCUGUUCAGAGAUGGAGCUGCUGCCGGCGGACGAUCAGUCGUACUUGGGCAGCUGCAAAAGAACGAAGAGCAAAUGGUGAGGUAAUGAGUUCGGUGAGUAAGAAAACAAUGAGACCAAGGAGAAAACUUGUAGCUCUGGAUUUACAGUUAAUUGCUAGCCUAGAUUUGUCAAAAAGAUCAACAAUUAGAAAGCUUGCAUGUGGGGUUAAAUGCAGUAAAAGCACAGUGGGUAGAUGGGUAAAAACUGGACUGAUCAGGGCUCAUUCGAAUGCAAUUAAACCUGAUCUCACAGCUCCAAACAAGUUGCUUAGGCUACGGUUUUCCUUAGAAGCUCUAGAAUAUGAUAGGAUUAUGAGGAGUUUGACAUUUAAAAGCAUGCACAACACAGUACACAUUGAUGAGAAAUGGUUCUACAUCACAAAAAGUGCACAAAGGUUCUACUUAACUCCUGAAGAGAUAGAACCUCAUAGGACAUGCAAGAACAAGAAGUUCAUCACCAAGGUGAUGUUCAUGUGUGCUGUAUGUAGGCUAGUGUUUGGGGCUAAUGGUGAGUGCUUGUUUGAUGGAAAAAUUGGAAUUUUUCCAUUCACUGAACUUGUUCCAGCAAAAAGGAACAGUAAGAACAGGGCUGCAGGCACUAUGGAGUGGAAGCCAAUUCAAAGCAUCACCAAACAAGUGGUGAAAGACUGCCUGAUAUACCAGAUAAUUCCUGCUAUUAAAGCUAAGUGGCCAGCCAAUGCAAGCAAAACCAUCUUUAUUCAGCAAGAUAAUGCAAGGCCUCACAUUCAAGACUCAGACCCUGAUUUCAGGGCUGUUGCUUCAGCUGAUGGCUUUGAUAUUCACUUGGUGCAUCAACCACCAAACUCCCCAGACACAAACAUUAAUGAUUUGGGGUGGUUUAGGGCAAUACAAAGCCUCCAAACUGAAUCAGUGUCUACAAAUGUGGAUGGCCUAGUGAAUGCAGUGAUUAAUUCAUUCAAUGAGUUAAGCCCAACAACUUUAAAUAAAGUUUUCUUAAGCUUGCAAAGUUGUAUGGUGGAAAUUCUGAAAGUGAAGGGGAGGAAUAGCUAUAAGAUCCCUCAUUUAGGGAAGGAUGCUUUGAUUAGGCAGGAUAUGCUGCCCUUGAAUCUCCAAGUUCCAAGUGAACUUGUAAGGGAGUGCAUAUCCUACCUAAUUGACAAUGGAGCUUUGUCAAUUAGUGAUACACUAAUGCAGAAUUUGGGAGUUAAUGCAGGUUGCACAGAUGAGGUUGAGUUGAUGGUGCAUCAACUUCAAAUUCAAUCAACUGAAGUUAUGUGA